UCGAUACUUUGGCUUUGGCAUUCAGUUGGUCAGCGGAUUCUGAGCGUGUAGAACGUGUGGAUGCGGUGUUUGUGGCUGUUGAGUCGUUCCUGCACCAUAACUGAUUAAAACGUUUGAAAAGUUCUCAAGUGCGAGAUGUGUGGCAAAUUAACCGGUGAAUAGCCAGCAAUGGAGCAAAACUUGUCAGCACGACCGCGUGAAAAAUCAAAGCACAAUUUCGAAGAACAGAAGCUUUUUUUCGCAAAAAGUGUCAUCGAAAACGUGUGAAGUCCAAUUUGAUUUGUCCGAAAAAAAAAUAACCCACGAAAAGGACGUUUGACGGAUUGCCUAUGGAAAUUGUUUACUUUCUCCAAUAAGAGUGAAUCAAGUGGUUGUCAGCCGGGAAAAGCAGGGCCGAGUGAUUUCUUCUGAUCGGAUAUUUUUGGGCAAAGUGACUUGUUCGCAGGAAGAUUUUUAACGUCCGGACUGCGGCGCGAGUAACGAAUUUUUCCGUGUGCAUUUGGUGUGAUUAGUUGUGAACAAUUAGUGAGGCCCAUUGCCCGGUCUGGAGCAGCGGAUCCGGUUGUAGGGAACCAUGCUUAGUGCUUCUGGCUGAUUUCGAGGCGUCGGGAAGGUCCUACCUGAAGUGCUGAUUAUCGCACGGAAAGCUGCGUCAAGGGUUUUCCUCGUUUUGACAUCAGUGUCCCCAUUUGAGUGGUAGCAGCAAGUGAAAUGUGUUGGGUGAAAAGGAAAACUCACAGAGAAACGUUCUGACACAUUUCAUGCAAGUGUCAUUCCUUAAACCUAUAGCCCGAGAGGGUUUCGUCAAUUAGCGAACAAAAUUUUAGUGAAGUAAUUGACAUAAGUGCUUCGGGAAACCUGGAAAACUCAAUAUAAAAAUUUGUCUGCGUGAGAAUUCGGCUGCCUUCAAAUUAAAGUUUGAUAAUAUUUCGGCUUUUCCAUAGGAAAUUGAUAAAUUUGACGAUUUAAAAAAAUCGGAUUUGGAAUCCUUGCAAAGCGACUUAUUGGAUUUUUCGUUUGGUGAAUUGCGAUCUGUUUUUCCAGACGAAUACAAACGGAGGAAAGUGCUGCAUUGAAUGUUGCGGUCGCGUGUGACAAAGUGUCAGUGAAAACACCCGAUUCGUCACUACUCGUGGAAUUGAAUACUUCUCCGUGUGCUAAAUGUGCCAGUGAAAAACAGCUUAGGUGCAAGACAACCUACAGCAUUUUGGCAUAGUUUAAGUUCCUCUCGGACCGGGAAGAGGCAGAUCAUAUCCAGAUAUACGGCCGCGUUUUCAUUCAAAUAGUUUUUCCUAGAAAACUAAUCCUGAAUUUGAAAAUUGCGGAUUUUUUUCGUUUUUGAAAAGAUAUUGACGAAAUUUUGAAUGGAAAAUUACGGUAUUAUUAAUGUCAUCGUCAACGGCAGUACGAUUAUCGGUCGAUCAGUAGACGAACUAAACGGCGCUGCGUCAAUUUCGUUCGUGGUCGUGGUGUGAUAUGCAGCAACCAGAGGAGGAAGAUUUUCGAAAUAAGGAGCCCGACCGGCUGUUGUUGCUGCGGCGGCCGCGAAUCGUGUAGCUCUGUGCAAUGUGCCACCGAACGGUCAAAAAGUUUUGGUUAUGGUCAUCCUGGGGAUGUGUCCAGGUUUUGAUAAUGACCUUGGCCAUCCUGUUAGCAACAAUAGCAACACCGAUAAAAGCACAUAACGGGGAUUUUGGCAUUGAUCUUUUGUCGGAACUCAAUCUAUACAAUAUGAAUAUAAGUCAUCGUGGUGUAAUAGUUUCGCCAGGAUUUCACAACAAUACUAUGGCUUUUAGAUUGCAAACAAGUUUGCGGAGGCUUAUAAUGCCGGAGGCGAGUUAUCAUCGCAUCGUAGAAUACAUAAAGUCGUCACCAGAAUUCACAUUGACAGCUCUAGUGCGACAAGAAAAGGGCAAUUCCGGGUCAAUUAUUUCAUUUUCAUACGGCCCAAAUAGGUAUUUAGAACUCGAGUCGAGCGGGAAACGCGCUGAGGUGCGCUUUCACUACACAUACCAGACACCCGCUGGUGAUAUGCUUCUUCACACCGAAAUGUUUUCGUAUCAAUUGGCAGAUGAUACAUGGCACAAGGUGGCGCUCUCAGUAAGUGGCCCUGAGAUUCAACUUAUUAUAGACUGCCAUCCCUUGUAUAAACGAGUGAACCAUUUUAUACCAGAUAGGAACUUCAGUGCUUCCAAUAUUCAAUUAUUUGUUGGACAAAGAAAUUUAUAUAAUCAUAGUAUGUUUAAGGGCUAUAUUGAAAGUGCCCAUGUGAUAGCAAAGCCCCAUGGAUAUUUGAAACAAUGUCCUCAUAUGCAUGAGCAGUGUCCCACGUGUGCGGAAUUUAGUCUUCUUCAACAUACAAUAGACGAACUAGAGAAAAAAUUUGACAAAUUAGCGCAAAGGCUAGUGGCUACAGAAAAAAUAGUAUCACAUCUCCAAGAGUGUGAAUGCAGAAUAUCGUGUAAAAUCAAUGGUACUACGAAAGAAGAUGGAGCCGAAUGGAGAGAUGGAUGUAAAGUAUGCAAAUGUGAAAGUGGCAGUAUUAUUUGUGAACCACCAAAAUGUGAACCAGUUACUUGUAAAUAUCCUACCUAUAUAAAUGGAUCGUGUUGUCCAAUAUGUAAAAAGCAUUGUUACAUUAGAGGUAAAUACUUCGACCAUGGCGAGUUUUACAUUGAACAAUGUAAUAAUUGCACAUGUGAUGAUGGCUCUAUGAGAUGUGUGAAAAUCGAAUGUCCUAAACUGAAUUGCUCACCAGAGAAUAUAAUCAAAGUUAAAGAUGAAUGCUGUUCAGUUUGCAAAGGAGAUGACUAUUGCUCAAAAGGACAUGCAUGUCAUACUAAUGCUACGUGUCUUAACCUCACCACCAAGUACACGUGUACCUGCCGCCAGGGCUUCCAAGGAGAUGGGUUCCAUUGUUCUGAUGUUGACGAAUGUACUGCAGCGCGAGGGAGUGCCAUCGGUAACCACUGCCGUUUUAAUACGCAAUGCGUUAAUGUUCCAGGAUCGUAUAGAUGCGAAUGCUUAUCUGGUUAUCGACGUCUUGAUCGAUACAAUUGCGUUGAAAUUGAUGAAUGUGCAAGCGGGCAACAUUCAUGUCAUGAAAACGCGAAUUGCAUUAACACUCAGGGGUCGUAUCAUUGUGAAUGCAAAGAAGGAUAUAGCGGUGACGGUUAUGAUUGUAAACCUGUCUGCAAUCAAACUUGUUUGCAUGGAGGGCAAUGUUCUGCUCCAAAUGUUUGUACGUGCCGCAUGGGAUUUAUAGGAGCAGCAUGCGAACAGGACUUUGACGAAUGCGCUAGCGGCCUACAUAAUUGCAAAGAAUCUUCAGAGUGUAUAAACAUGCCCGGCUGGUACUAUUGCCAUUGCAAAAGUGGAUACCAGUCACUAGGAUCAGAGUGUUAUGAUAUCGAUGAAUGUGAGAGGGGAAAGCAUAGCUGUCACCCGACUGCUACUUGUGUAAAUACCAUUGGACAUUUUGAAUGUCAUUGCCCAGAAGACAAGGCCAACUCCGAAUGUAGCUUAAAUUGCAUGUUUGAAGAUAGCGAAGUACCAGAUGGAAGUGUGGUAUCGCCAAGAAAUCAGCCCUGUAAAAAGUGUACAUGCCGGAAAGGUGUAAUAUCAUGCGAAGAACCAAAGUGCAAUUGUUCCGAAUGGAAAAGAUCAGUAGGGAGAGAACUAUGUUGCCCUCAGUGUGAUCCGAAUGAAUCUUGUCGUCAUCAGGAAUUAGAUCAUGUUAUAUUUAAAAGUGGUGAAAGAUGGAUUUACCAAUGUCAAACAUGUGAAUGUCUGUAUGGAGAGUUUGACUGUUGGAAACUUGAAUGUCCGCCGUUAAUGUGUGACAAUCCUCUGCCCUUGAAACCUGGUGACUGUUGUCAACGAUGUCCCGACGAUCCUUGCAAUUAUCUUGGCAAUUUGACAAAUUCGUUGGGUCACCCUUGCACAUAUAAGGGACAUCAGUACUCAUCUGGUCAAAUCUCCUAUGAUUUGGCCAGUCAGUGUACGAAGUGCGACUGUAAAGUACCCUACUGUGCCCAACUGGUGAGCAAUUCCGCGUAUUGUGUGCAUCGGAUGGGCAACUAUUCUGCAGUGUCGAUUAUUCUUGUACUGAUAGUGAUAGUAAACCGUAUAAAGUGCCCACUGCAAUUACUCGUACAACAGCAUUUCACAAUUGUACAAAGGAUACUACUAAUCCUUUUGAUACUACAUCGAAAGCAUCAGCACGAGCACCGAAGCGUCGAAUGGUUCGUCAAUCCAUUAACAAUAAAAAAUCAAAACGUCAACGAAAUCAUGGUGGCUAAUAGAAGUACUAGAAAUUUAUGAUAAAUAAUUAUUAUAGUAUAGAAUUGAAUUAUAGAUCUAUUAAUUAAUUAAACAAUUGGAUGAGCGAAAGUCAUAAACGAAAGGAGAACGAAAUAUAAUAAAAGAUUUUUAUUUGAUAUAGGGGAUCGUAGUUAUUAUUAAUUAUCAAUGAUAAAAUGAUUUAGAAUAGUAUAGAUAUUUUCAGGAAAAAAAUCAAAAAAAGUAUCUUAUGUACUGUGAAGUGAAUACACAAAGCUUAUUUGACUCGUUUUAGAAGUUGUGUUAGCUUUUCAAUAAAUUACCUUGAUUGAAUAUUUCGUAAUAUGCCAGUUUUAAGUUUUUUUGUUUUAGUUUAAAACUUAGUCUUUAAGUAUUUAAAUCUGUAAAAAUUAAGUUACAUGUUCGAAUUUUUGAUACAAAUGAAAAACAAAUUAGACAACUUUUUUUUCUCUAUUUAUUCCCUCCAAAAAUUGAAUAUUACCCUUCAUUUGAAGAGUAAUGAAAAUUUUCCUAUAUAAUAAUUAAAAAAGAUAAAACAUCAUUUCAGUUUUAUAGCUAUCGUGUGAAAGCAGCCAUAGAUACUAGCAAUUGUCAAUUAUCGAAUGUAAAUGAAAUCUCCGUUAUUUUAUUGUGUAACAAUAGAGAGUAAUUAAUCUUGUGUAUAGAUAAACAUGAAAGAGUGAACGGAAGUCAGUUUUGGAACCGAAGCGUAGGUUGUAAAAAUAAAUAAAACACUUUUGCAUCCAAAUCGAACAAUAACUUUAAAAUCUUCGCCAAUUGAAGGAUGCUACCACUCUACAGAAAAGACUGAAUGGAGACAUCUUGAGAUUGUUCUGGAUCUGUAAAUUAUGAUUUAUAAUAUCGUUGCCACGAAGGAAUUUUCUAUAGCAUUAUAUUUUUUGAAUGAUAAUUUUCGUUAUAUACUUCUCCAUACAUUCUGAGGAUUUCUUUUAAUUUAGUUUAUUUAUAGUACUAAUCCGUUUCAUUUAUUUCCCUUUCGUAUUUUACCAAUAUCUUAAGAAUCUCCAUAGGUAAAAACUGAGCUGGAAAGGGAAAUCUAGGAUAUUAAUAUUUGAAGUAACAGGCUCAAGUAGAUAACGCCCCUAGGCAGAAAUCCUCGUAAAUGGAACAUGUAUAAAUGUUUAGUAUUGCUUUGGUUUACUACGAAGAUCGGGUAUUACUACAUUACCGAAUGGUUUCAGUGGAUUUGAGUUUGAGAACGUGAACAAUCACCAUUCCUUCAAAUUGAUAUGUAAUUAAUGUACGUGUCUUCUGCCAAAUUAAAAAAUCAUUAUUUAAGCAUUAUUGGUAACUGCUGUAUUACCCUGUUCUUAUUCUCACUCUGACAUGAUCAUGACUUGUCUAAAAGCAGACGACCAAUCUUCAAAUCACAGCUUGAACUUUACGAAGCAUUCUUUCUGGUAUGCAGUGCUGGGCAAAAAAAAUCAAUAAAAAAAUUUGAUUUUUCGGAAAAAAAUAUCGAGUUGAUGAGAAAAGUAAAUAUGAGUGUUUUUUUUGUAUUGAUAUUUUGUACUAAAAAUAGUUUUUGGAGAAAAAAACCUAUGUAAAAUUUUUCAGAAGGGACUUUUAUUGAAAAUUAGUCUACUUUACGAAAAAUAGGUGAAUUUGAUUUGUGUUUCAUAUCAUAUCAUAUCAACCAUAAAACUCGCCCUCUCACAAUAAUUUUUUUUUGUUUAAGGGGGCCAACCCUUGUCAAGCUCGUUUUUGUUUUUGGCUUUUUUUAUAAAUUUUUUGUGAAGAACUAGAUAAAGAUACAAAUACGAAUUUUUCACCAUAUAUUUAUUAAUAUCUUGAGCAUGCGUAGUAAUUUUUUCAGCCCGAUAGCAAAGUUCAUUAUGGAAAUACAGAUCAAUUUAUACACCCAUCUCCAAAAAAAGGUGUUUUUCUGCUGCCACGCUAGAGGGCGCUGUGAUUAUUUUAAAGAAAAAGAAAUAAACGGCAUUUUAACGUGCAGACUUAACUACAGUCC